UAUAGCCGGUAAGUGUGCGCAGUUGAGUUAAGCGCACAAUAGGCGGUAGUGGUGAUGAUUUCGUGAAAAUCUUGUCGUUCUCUCACGUUGCCGCGCAAAUCGUGUUCGUCCGUAGUCGGCAUCCUUGUGCUAUGCUCAACUUCCGUCGUAAGCACCUCCGAUUGAUGAUCUGCACGUGUUUUACCAAAGUAGUUUUCGCUGUGUGCUGAUUGUCCAACGAUACAUUUCGGGUUUGAACAAUUAUUGAUGUAGAUUUUUAUCAUCACAUUAACAUGGCUUGCUCAAAUAUGACUUGAAAAAACAAGCCGUAGUGGACUAUUCAUAACAACUACCUAUCAAUUACAUUGAAAUUCGUCAACCACGAAUGGGUACCGGACAUUAAUGCGCCUAAAUCAACUAUAAUUCAGAUACCAUGAGUUUGUGGAUGAAACACGUAUUGAUGGUGGUGACAUUAGUUUUUGUCGACGUGGUUAAUAGUCACAUAAAUGUUACUCCUACAAUAACUUCCAUGCAGAACACAACUGAACCGGAGGAAUACGAUGAGACGGCCAAUAUGACCGACGAAGAGUAUGAGAAUUACUUGAUUGAAUACAUUACACCUGAAAAAUCCGAAUGGAUAUUCAUAGCUAUGCACUCUGUUGUGUUCGUUGUGGGACUUAUUGGCAACGCUUUGGUGUGUGUGGCUGUAUAUAGGAACCGAACAAUGCGGACGGUUACAAACUAUUUCAUUGUCAACUUAGCUGUGGCCGAUUUUCUUGUGAUUUUGAUUUGUUCACCACCCACAGUGUUGUGGGACGUCACAGAGACAUGGUUUAUGGGAACUUUAGCAUGCAAGCUGGUUUUGUAUUUUCAGACAGUAUCAAUUUCGGUUUCUGUUCUGACACUAACCUCAAUAUCAAUUGACCGUUGGUAUGCCAUAUGUCAUCCGCUAAAAUUCAAGUCGACCACUAGUCGUGCAAGAACAGCCAUUAUUAUCAUAUGGAUUUUAGGAUUUUUGUCUGAUUUACCUGAACUUUAUGUACUGGAAGCCAUCAACCAUACUCCUCGUCUGGCGAAUGGUGUCUAUCUAACUCAAUGUGAAGCCCUCUGGAGUAAAGAAUCAGAAACUACAUAUCAAGUAGCGAAAACAAUUAUUCUAUACAUAUUACCAUUGUCGCUUAUGUCAGUCACUUAUUAUCAAAUUGUCAAAGUACUUUGGAAGUCAGACAAUAUUCCAGGCCAUUCAGAAACCGUACAGAUGUAUAACUCUCAAAAUCAAAACGGAUUGAACCGAAAUAGCACUAUGGGAUGUGCGAACACUAUGGCUCAGAUAAAAGCUAGAAGAAAAGCCGCAAAGAUGUUGGUAGCUGUAGUGAUAAUGUUUGCUCUAUGCUUCUUCCCAGUACAUAUAAUGAACUUAUUAAGAUAUACAAUUGGUAUUCGUCAGUCACCAUUUAUGGCAUUAGUAACUAAUUUUUCUCAUUGGUUGAUAUAUGCUAAUAGCGCAGUAAACCCAUUGAUUUAUAAUUUCAUGAGUGGAAAAUAUCGCAAUGAGUUCAAAAGAUUAUUCUUAUGCUGUGGUCCUGACAGGCAGAAUAGACUUCGUAGAGGCAAUCAAACAUCAAGAAGUGGUACAUACAUAUGCCGAUUCACCAUGACUACUAUGAAAACAGAUAACGUUAGUAUAGGUCUAUCUCCUGAGGACAUCCAAUGAAAUGAGCCAUGAACGUUUGUUUUUUUAAAAGAAAGUUGGUUAAUUGCCAACACUUAAUUAUCAAUGAUAUCAAUUACCAUUUUACCUAAAGUACAACAUCAAACAUACCAUACAGAAAAUGUAAAUAAACUAUAUUCCUUUAUAAUUCCUUAUAAUUACAAACCCUAUAAAUUAAAUGAGCAAAAUAUACAAAGUAUUUAUACAAACAAACAAGAUUUCCACAAAAAAUUAAAAUUUGAUUUACACUAUUGAAUUAUUCCUACUUAUAUAAGAAUACUGUAUCAUGUUAAGUUUAUUUAUUACUGUGAUAUUACAGACAAAUCAUUCAAUCUAGACUAUACGUUAUUUAUAUCAUUAAUAUCUUUAUUUAAAUCGGUUAUUUUUUUUAGUGUAUUUUACAAAUUAAUCUAUAAUUCAUGUUUUAAUGGUUAGGAAACUUUUAUUAUAAACCUGAAACUUAUUUCUUUUUUUUCUUUUUUUGAGAAGGGUCAUUCACUUUUUUUUAAAUUUUAUUAUCAAAAAAAUAUAAUGAGCAAAAAAAUCUUUAGCUUGUAUGUCUAUUUGAGACUGUAGUAAUAAUCAGGGUUCGUAAGUUCAUGCACUAAAAAACUAAAAAAAAAGCAUGCAAAUAUGCACUAAAAGCAUGGGCGUAAAGUGAUCAAAUGUUGGGGGAGGGGCUAAAUUUAAUUUUUCCCUACCAAAAAUUGUUUUUAUAUAACAAUACAUACAAUUUUGCUAAAUUUCUGAAAGGCUAAUUUGUAAAUUUGGGGAGGGACUUAAUCCCCCCCUAUAUCCCACCCGACGCCUUAACUAAAAAUCUAAAAUAAGUAUAUUUUGAAAGAGCAUGUAAUAUUUAAAAUUUUUAAUUUUUUAUAAUAAACUAUAACUUUUUAGUAAAAAAUUAUAAACAAGUAAAAAUCAAAAGUAUAAAUUAACGCAAUUUGAAACAUUUUAGUAAUCUUCAAAAUGAAUACUUUUUCUGACUUUCAAUCAUAAUAAUAAGAUUAUUAACCCACAGUCUACCGACGUAUUUGCACCAGUUCUCUAACGGUAUAUGUAAAACGAAGAUAUGCAGUAGCAGAAUUUAUUAUCGUCAAAUUUACAGUAUUACAAUAUAAGUAUGUCACUGAUCAAACAAUAUUACAAAUUAAAAAGUUCAAAAGUCUUGUCAUUUAAUUAUUACAAUCAACGCAGUUUUUCGCUGCAUGAUCUUGGUCUGUAGGUUGUUGAUAUUUUAAACAUUUAUACCAUGUUAGUCUUAUUGAUUUUAUAUAAACUGGCAAAAUAUAAUAAACCGAUUAGAGUCAUUAAUUAAAUUAAAUAAAUUUCUUUGUGAUAAUUUUCAAGCGUUUUGGCAAUAUGUCGUUCAAUAUUUUCAUUAGUAUAUUUGACAAUAAUUUUUAUCACUAAAUAAUAGCGAAAAUGCUUCUAUUGCGAAAAGCACCUUUCCCAUGGCACGGUAAUCAAUUUAAGAACAACGGCCUCUGCGUUCAGGAAUAUUUUUUGACCAACAUAAGUUAGACUUAGUCCAAAAAUAGGAAGACUCUCAGCCUGCCCGCGAGACCUUUUUCUUUUUUGUGCGUGGUUCUGUUUCUUCAGAAUUGCGACCAGUUCCAUUGUUUGCAUCUAACUUGUCCUCAUUCUCUGACGCACUGAUGAUGAUGUUAUCAGAUUUGGUUUCUUUUUUCGAGUUACUAUCACCCUGUUCUUUUGGUUCGUCUGCUUCGUCACUACUUAAACAAUUGGUUUCAGAGUCACAUGAAUCCGUUUCAUAAGCUUCGGUAAUCGCAGCAGCUCGUUGGGUAUGUAAACGAGUCUCCAUGUUUAUCUCAAAUAUACAUGUAAUAAACAAAAAAAUAUAACCAUACAAAUAUUUGCCAGAUAAUAUUUUAAAUCAAAUACACUAAAAAAAAGCAAGAAAGAUGUACUUUUGCUCAAAAUUUAAGAAAAACAUUUGGAAUAGAAAAAUCUUUUAUGUUCUUUACAAAACGGUCGAGAAUGAAUACAUGCUUUAUGGACCUAACGAGAAUAAAUACCUUAUCAAAAGGACUUUUCAUUUACUAAACCGCACUCAAAAGUCGCACUUAUGAAGAUGAUGCUUUUCGCUUGAUCUUUGGAACUGAACUAAACGACGCACCACAGCACUGCUCUAUAUAUACAUAUACCGCGCGCGAACGUUCCAGAAUCUACUAUCUAUUUCCGUUUUUUUAUAUUUAUACUCAAGUGUCUGUUCGCACAAAAAAGUAAUUACUACACCAAGUGAUAUAAGGAGCCAUAAAAGUAUUUAAAAUAUAAGAAAUCAUAGAAAUGCUUAAGAUAUAAGAAGCCAUAGAAAUGUUUAAAAUAUAAGAAACUAUAGAAUUGCAUAAAAUAUAAAAAAUCAUAAAAAUUAUUAAAAUAUAAAAAGCCAUAGAAAUGUUUAAAAUAUAAGAAACCCUAGAAAUGCAUAAAAUAUAAGAAGCCAUAGAAGUGUUAAAAAUAUAAGAACACAAUUUUGAAAACUUUGCCUUUAAUCCAUUGUCUUCAGCUCGAGUUCAAACUAACGAAUUCUUGAAAAUCGCGUUCGACGUAUAUGCAAAACAAAUGCCUCGCAUUUUAAUCCACUCAACACUAUUUUAAAGUCUCAAAACUUACCUUCAUUUUUGAGCAGCAAAAUCAAUUCUAGUUCAAUUUACUACUGACUAUGGUCUAAAUGACACCAAAUCAAAUACAGGCAUUGCCUUCUCAGUCGGAUUCAGAGUAAAUGUAAUUUAAAAAUUCAUGUGUAGUAUAAGCAAAAUCUCUACUUUCCCCCGCUGAUUUUGAAGAGCCACCUACAUUGAAAUACUGCAAAUUUGAAAGUUGUCUGGGGUCACUAAGAUCUCGCUCGGUACUGUAUUCCAUUGGGCUAUAAUAACAAUAACGAUUAUACAAAAAGUACUAUGAUUCGCUUUAUCAAGUUCUUCGAUAUUUAUAAAAAAAUAUUUCGCCGAUAGAAUCAUGCAAAGGUGUUCCAACUAUUGUACUUACUACUAAAAUAUAUUUUUGCCAAAUUUCGAAACAAAAUUUUUCUAACGAGAGCCCAGCUCGUUAGUUUUUUUUUUGGCAUUCUUGUUUAAUGUGGACAGUCCAAAUACUAGUAUUUAGAAUUGAAACAUAAAACAUUGGAAAUAUGAUUAUAGUUUACGAAUAGAUCAGAAGAAUUGUACUCCUAUAUAUGUAUCUAUAUGUAUUGUUGUGACGAAAAUAAAUUUAUAGUUAGCCAUACACAUAUUUCAUUUAGCAGUGGGUGGUGAUGCUUGCGUGAUAAUAUAAAUUCCUGUGGACUACUUAAAACUUAUAAAACCCAAUCAAUAUCAUAAAAAAAUUAAAAGAAACUUCUAAAAUACUAAGAACCUAUUAACAUGUAAACAUAUUCGAAAAAACUAAAAAAAAAAAUUAUUUAAAAAUUUAUUAUUAUUAUUUUUUUUUUUACCUUCAUUGAAAUAAAAUUUUCCUGAAUUUACAGGAAAUAAUAUGCACUAAUAACUCCAAAAAACCAAUUAAAUGCCAAUUAUGUCCUAACACCCAAAAUAUGUAAAAAUAUGCAAUAAUAAAUUUCAUAUUUUUAUUAAUUUUGUUAUGAAAUGGAUAUGUAACUUACUUAGCAUGUUUUCUUAAGAAGCAAAAAAAAACAUGCAAUUCCUUGAACUCACGAGUCCUGGUAAUAAUGAUUAGUUUUACAUCCUUCUAUUUCCCGAACAUGCUACAGAGGGUAGUGACUCUUUUUCACAUGUUAGGAAAUCAAAAAUGGUUCUUCGCUAAGCCAUUUUUGAUUAUAAUAAUAAUCUUAAUAGUUACCAUAAAAGAGUAUUCUACCCCUACCCUCUCAGGCUUGUCUCUGUUUACAGUAUUACAUUAAUUGAAAUUAGAUGUUAUGCAUACGUCUUUCCGCGUUUGUACAAGUAAUUGAAACUUGAAACAGCCAAAUGGAAGUUAGAUGUUAACAAAAAUGUGCUUAAGUAUAUAUCUUACUGAAUGUUUAUCGUAAUAUAAAGAAAUCUAUGAUGUCUUAACCUAUUACUUAACUACGCAAUAUGUACUACUUAAAAUAAUAUUAAACAGUGUUUUUACCUUUUUUCAACUAAUUUUUCUUCAGUCUUGGGACAUGUAUAUAAAUUUUACUAAUAUAUUUAUUAUUUUAAUUACUAAGAUCUAUUAAGUGUGGAAUAAAUUUCCCAUAGUAUAAUAAUUGAAAUGAGAUAUUAUAACUAUACCUACUUGCUUUUUGUUGUAAAACUGUUAACAGAUUUGUUUUAAAAAUGUGAAUAUGUAUUAUUUUUUCUCCUUUAUUUUUAUAAUUAUAAUGUAAAUUGAAAAACAACAAUUAAUUAUGAAAAAUGGUAAUAAGAAAAUGUAGAAAUAUGUCUUCAGAUAAUGUGGAAAGAAAAACUAGUUUAACUUUUUUGAAGUGAAACUUCUUUACAGAGGGUCCGAAAUAAAAAAAAGAUUAUUGAACAUUACUAUCGGCUGUAAAGUAUAUUUUAUAUUAUAAUUUAGCACUGUAUUUUCGAAAAUUAAAGUAAUUUUAUGCAUUAAUUUCAAUGCAUCAAAUAAUUUAAUUUUAAAUAAUCUUGAUUGUCCAUAAACAUUUUUUAAAGAACCACGACACAUGUAAUUUUCACGCAUAUCUUCAUAACGAAAGAGGUUUCACUUCAUCCUCGUAACACUUACUGGCUCUUUUAUACAAUAAUAAUAUUGUUUUGUUCUAGUCACUUAAUAUUACGUGGCAUUAAUAUAUUUAAAAGAGCAUUCAUAUUUUAUACCUUAAUUUUAAUUAACAUUAUGAAUUAAAAAGUGUUA